AUGGAUUGGUGUAUUGAUUCUACUCGUCAAGCUUGGAAGUCUAUGGUGAAAUUGAAUGAAUAUUUGUUACUUAUCAAGGCCAACAAUAAUUUGAAUGUACAGCGUGUGAUGAUUGAUUGCAGUAAUACCGAAAUAUCAGGUUUUCGAUCUAUCUUCAAUGACGGUACCAAAGGUGAUGACAAGUACGAAACUCGACAAUUAUUGGAUGCAACUCGUAUUAAGUUGAACGAUAUGAUGCAUGCAGUUUUAAACUUAUUAUUGGUACAACAUUGGCAAGAUGAAAUUAUGACCCAAAGCUUUUUGAUCUUUUACGAUAAUACGAGCAACUAA